AUGGCACCCUAUGAGGCACUAUAUGGGAGGAAAUGCAGAUCUCCUAUUGGCUGGUUUGAUGUUGGCGAGACAAAGUUGCUAGGAACCAAAUUGGUACAACAAGUUGUAGAAAAGGUAAAGUUGAUCCAGGAAAGGUUGCGUACAGCUCAAAGUCGACAGAAAUCAUACUCAGAUAACCGACGUCGAGAUUUGGAAUUUGCUGUGGGAGACUGGAUUGUUCAGAGAAUUGGGCAAGUAGCCUACAAACUUGACUUGCCACCGGAAUUAGACGUAAUCUAUCCGGUAUAUCACGUUUCCAUGCUUUGCAAAUUCUUAGGUGAUCCUUCUUGCAUCAGACCUAUUGAGGAUAUUCAACUUACCGAGGACUUGUCAUAUGAAGAAAUACCUGUUGCCAUUCUUGACCGUCAAAUCCGUAAGCUACGGACUAAAGAGGUAGCCUCAGUAAAAGUGUUGCACAGAUAUCAACCAGUGAUAGUUGAGGAAAUCAUUCUUAAGGCUUUCGAGGUCUCGAAAAUCCUAUACAACUCCAUCGACAAGCCUUGUUGGCCUAGGAUAUAUAUAUAUAUANAUUUCUUCGUCAAAAUCGAACAUGUCGUUUCUGACUCCGCCAGGUUCCCGGAGCGAUGGAAUGAAGCUCCUAUGGGACGUCCACCUUGCCCUAUUGCGGAUAUCAGGGAUUGGGUAGCCCGUCUGUUGCCUGAUGCAGCAGAAACUUGA